AGAGCUUCCAUAUGGCUGGGAGAAAAUUGAUGAUCCCAUUUAUGGCACUUAUUAUGUUGACCACAUAAAUAGAAGAACACAAUUUGAAAACCCUGUCCUAGAAGCAAAAAGGAAGCUACAGCAGCAUAACAUGCCCAACACAGAACUUGGAACAAAGCCUAUGCAGGCCCAAGGUUUCCGAGAAAAACCACUCUUCACCCGUGAUGCAUCACAGCUGAAGGGGACUUUCCUCAGCACAACUCUUAAGAAAAGCAACAUGGGUUUUGGAUUUACCAUCAUUGGUGGGGAUGAGCCAGAUGAGUUUCUUCAGGUGAAGAGUGUAAUUCCUGAUGGGCCUGCAGCACAAGAUGGGAAAAUGGAAACAGGUGAUGUCAUUGUCUAUAUUAAUGAAGUUUGUGUCCUUGGACAUACUCACGCAGAUGUAGUCAAACUCUUCCAGUCUGUUCCUAUUGGUCAGAGUGUCAACUUGGUGCUAUGUCGUGGAUACCCUUUGCCCUUUGAUCCUGAAGAUCCUGCCAACAGCAUGGUGCCACCCCUUGCAGUAAUGGAGAGGCCUCCGGUAGUGGUAAAUGGAAGACAUAACUAUGAAACUUAUUUGGAAUACAUUUCUAGGACUUCUCAGUCUGUUCCAGACGUAACAGAUCGACCACCACACUCCUUGCACUCCAUUCCAGCAGAUAGUCAGCUUGAUAGCACAUUCCCACCACCUGCCCAUGAUGAUAAUGUAUCAAUGGCUUCUUCUGGGGCCACACAAGCUGAACUCAUGACCUUAACCAUUGUGAAAGGGGCCCAGGGCUUUGGCUUCACUAUAGCAGACAGUCCUACAGGACAGAGGGUGAAGCAAAUUCUAGACGUUCAGGGAUGUCCUGGUUUGUGUGAAGGUGACCUCAUUGUUGAGAUCAACCAGCAGAAUGUACAGAACCUGAGCCAUGCAGAAGUAGUGGAUAUACUUAAAGAAUGUCCUGUUGGAAGUGAAACUUCUUUGAUUAUCCAUAGAGGAGGUUUCUUUUCUCCAUGGAAAACUCCAAAACCUAUAAUGGAAAGAUGGGAGAAUCAAGGCAGCCCUCAAACAAGUUUGUCUGCUCCAGCUAUACCACAGAAUAUUCCCUAUCCACCCACCCUUCACAGGAGUUCAUUUCCUGAUUCAACAGAGGCCUUUGAUCCACGAAAACCUGACCCCUAUGAGCUGUAUGAGAAAUCAAGAGCUAUUUAUGAAAGUAGGCAACAAGUGCUGCCCAGGACUGGUUUUCGAGUGGAUUCCUCUGGUCCCGAUUACAAGGAACUGGAUGUUCACCUUCGGAGGAUGGAGUCUGGCUUUGGCUUCCGAAUCCUGGGGGGAGAUGAACCUGGACAGCCUAUUCUGAUCGGAGCAGUGAUUGCAAUGGGCUCGGCAGACAGAGACGGUCGCCUCCAUCCUGGCGAUGAGCUGGUGUACGUGGACGGGAUUCCAGUGGCUGGAAAAACCCACCGAUACGUGAUUGAUCUGAUGCAUAACGCUGCCCGAAACGGGCAAGUAAAUCUUACUGUGAGGAGAAAAGUACUAUCAGCGGAGUCCUCCAGCCAGAAAGCUCCCCUUGCACCCGGCGCGACGCCCCCUCGCAGCUCCCCCAGCGCUAGGAAAGUGGCCAAUAACCAAGGAGAACCGUGCCCAGAGAAUGGCAGAAGCCCAGGCUCAGUGUCUACGCACCACAGUUCUCCAAGAAGUGACUAUGCUACUUAUGCUAACAGUAAUCACGCUGUCUCUAGCAGUAAUGCUACACCCCCGGAGGGCUUUGCUUCUCACAGCUUGCAAACCAGCGAUGUUGUGAUCCACCGCAAGGAGAAUGAAGGUUUUGGCUUUGUGAUCAUCAGCUCCCUGAACAGGCCUGAAUCUGGGUCCACAAUAACUGUCCCCCAUAAAAUAGGACGGAUAAUUGAUGGAAGUCCUGCUGAUCGCUGUGCAAAACUUAAAGUCGGAGACCGGAUCUUAGCUGUGAAUGGCCAGUCUAUCAUUAACAUGCCUCAUGCAGAUAUUGUGAAACUAAUUAAAGAUGCAGGUCUCAGCGUAACACUCCGCAUCAUUCCUCAGGAGGGAAACGCCAUCGUUUUGCUCAGUUAUAGGUCAGAAGUAAAAGCAAGGCAGGAUGUGAAACCUGAUAUCCGGCAACCUCCGUUUACAGACUACAGGCAGUCUUCAACAGACUACAGGCAGCCGCCGCUGGACUACAGGCACCCUCCAGUGAUGGACUACCAGCAGCCACCGCCGCUGGACUACAGGCAGCCGCCCUUGCUGGACUACAGGCAGCAUUCACCCGACACCAGGCAGUACCCUCUGUCGGACUACAGGCAGCCCCAGGAUUUCGAUUAUUUCACAGUUGAUUUGGAGAAGGGAGCCAAAGGUUUUGGGUUCAGUAUUCGAGGAGGAAGGGAAUACAAAAUGGAUUUGUAUGUGCUGCGGUUAGCAGAAGAUGGCCCAGCAGUAAGAAAUGGAAGGAUGAGGGUAGGAGAUCAAAUAAUUGAAAUCAAUGGAGAAAGCACAAGGGACAUGACACAUGCCAGAGCAAUAGAGCUAAUCAAGUCUGGUGGCAGGAGAGUGCGACUGUUGUUGAAACGUGGAACAGGCCAGGUCCCAGAAUAUG